AUGCCUCGCCAGGCCGCCCCGCGGUGGGUGGUGGGGGAAAGUAGGGGGUCCCAGGGUGGUCUGGGGGGCGCCGCCACCAUGCUGCGCUCCCUGCUGCUUCACUCCCUGAGGCUCUGCGCCCAGACGGCCUCGUGCCUCGUGCUCUUCCCGCGCUUCCUGGGCACGGCCUUCAUGCUCUGGCUGCUAGACUUCCUGUGUAUCCGCAAGCAUUUACUGGGCCGUCGGCGCCGGGGUCAGCCGGAAACCGAAGUGGAGCUAAACAGCGACGGCGAGGAGGUGCCCCCCGACGACCCGCCUGUCUGCGUGUCCGACGACAACCGCCUAUGCACCUUGGCGUCGCUGAGGGCCGUCUGGCACGGCCAGAAGUUGGAUUUCUUCAAGCAGGCGCAUGAAGGCGGGCCGGCGCCCAACUCUGAGGUGGUCCUGCCCGACGGCUUCCAGAACCAGCACAUCCUCGACUACGCCCGAGGAAACCGCCCGCUGGUGCUCAACUUCGGCAGCUGCACCUGACCACCGUUCAUGGCGCGUAUGAGCGCCUUCCAGCGCCUGGUCACCAAGUAUCAGCGCGAUGUCGACUUCCUCAUCAUCUACAUCGAGGAAGCGCACCCUUCCGACGGCUGGGUCACCACAGACUCUCCCUAUAGCAUCCCGCAACACCGAAGCCUGGAGGACCGGGUCAGCGCCGCGCGCGUACUGCAGCAAGGGGCUCCAGAAUGCGCCCUCGUGCUCGACACGAUGACCAACUCCAGCAGCUCGGCCUACGGCGCCUACUUCGAGCGCCUCUACAUCAUCCAGAGUGGCACCGUUAUGUACCAGGGCGGCCGCGGCCCCGAUGGCUACCAGGUCUCCGAGCUGCGCUCCUGGCUGGAGCGCUAUGAUGAGCAGCUGCACGGCCCUCGACCCCGUCGAGUGUAAACCACCAGUGGACACGUGACUGAACUUGGCGGCCAUGCCUUCGAGCCUUCGAAGCCCACGUGCAAACAACCCACAGACACAAUCAGGCUUGGCAGUGGGCCCAGUGACACAUGAGCUGAGCCAUGCAUCGCCGUCUGAGUCUGCCCUCUCAGCCAGGUCACCUGAAGACUCUCUUGCACCUCCCCAGACUCUGCUUUCGACUGUCCCUCGCCUGUACUUGCUUGGCUUGCGCUAAAUCCCCUUCUGAUGGUGGAGGCAGCGCCGCCCUUGCCCGUGUGCCGCUGGACUUGUGCUCGCAGAGGCCCCCUGCCACGGCUCUCACACA